AUGCAGAACGCUGGCACCUCUCUGCCAGCGCAGCUGCGAUGGCGGCGACGGCGACGGCGACGGCGACGGCAGCAGCAGCAGCAGCAGCAGCAGCAGCAGCAGCAGCAGCAGCAGCAGCAGCAGCAGCAGCAGCAGCAGCAGCAGCCAUCAGGUG